AUGUACCUUAAGAUGUACAUAAAAUCUGAGAGGUUCUACCAGCAGCCUGACAGCCAGCCUCUGAAACACGAGGACCGCUUCUAUACUGACUAUGAUGAAGAACUUGAUGAACGUGAGGGCGGAGGCGGGGGCGCAGCGCGUCGUUGUGCGCGCGAUGCGUCGUCGCCGGCGCAGGCGCACGCGCCGCCCGCGCCGUCCGCCGCGCACGCAACACAUACUACACACACAGUUAAGAGCGAGAGACUCAGCCCGCACGACUCGAAUGCUUCCAGAUCUCGUAGCGUGACUCCGUCGACCUCCUCAUACCCGGGUACCCCUCCGGAGCGAGGCAGCCCACAGGCGCCGACGCCGGUUCCCGCACACCCCCCGAGGAACUACUCGGACAUCAUGCGCUCACUGGCAGCGAGGUACAACACGCAUCCCAACAACGACUAUUUCCAUCGCACUAACGGUUUUGGAGUCGAACGUCCAUCACCAGUUCCAACUGAUAUCAGUGAUGUACCGGUUGGAGGGUUGUUUGCGAAGCUUGCCAAGCAGCAGGGUGGCCCGCCGAGGCUACCAGCCUUCCCCGUCAUGUUGGACAUGAGCUCCACCAAGACUCUCCUGGCUUUGUCGAGGGUGGGUCGUGGUGGUAGGUCUCGUCGUAAGCGUGUUGGUGUGACGACCGCGGAACACUCUCCGUUGGAUCUCUCCGCGGCCGGAGAGAGCGCCGCCAAGAGGGCCAGACUCUCCGCCAGCCCUAGUACGAGGAGCGACGGUGAUGACAGAGACAGAGUCUCCAAUGAAGAUCGUGUUGAAGCACGCGAGUGUUUGUGCUCGGAGGCGAAGGCUCGACUCGCGGCCCUCAGCGUAGAUGAAGUGUGUGACUUUGUAGCAUCCAUCGACAUAUGCGCGGAAUACGCAUCGAAUUUCCGCGAACAGAGAAUAGAUGGGUCGGGAUUACCGCUGCUUACAGAAGAGCAUCUCACAGGGAUGUUGCAAAUGAAGUUGGGACCAGCUCUGAAACUAAGAGCAGUGGUCGCAAGGCGGUUGGAACCGUGCUCACAGUGCGUGGCGGCAGCUGCCUUGACCACGACCACGGCCACAACGACCACAGCGACCACGACGACCACAGCGCCCAAAGUCAACGGAUCGUCACUCAAAACAGAACCCAGAAGUAACACAACCAGUCCCAGUUAG